GGAUUUACAUUCUCCUUUAUCCACCUAGGUGUUGGCUGGUAUUGUGAGCAAUGGCUCCAUUCUUGCGAAUAUCUUUCAACUCAUUUGAGUUGGGACCAAUGGAGAAUCAGGGAGAGCAGCUACAGCCCUUCUGUGCUAUAAAGAUGAAGGAGGCCUUAACAACAGAAAGAGGAAAAACUUUGGUUCAGAAGAAACCAACCAUGUAUCCAGAAUGGAAAACGUCCUUCGAUGCCCACGUCUAUGAAGGGCGUGUGAUUCAAAUUGUUCUCAUGAAGGCAGCAGAAGAGCCAUUAUCUGAGGUUACUGUAGGGGUAUCAGUCUUGGCUGAGAGAUGCAAGAAGGGCAAUGGCAAAGCGGAAUUCUGGCUUGACUUACAACCUCAAGGGAAGGUAUUGAUGGCUGUACAAUUCUUUCUAGAAGAUGCAGAUUGCAAACAGUCAAUAAGUGAAGACGAAGGGACGGUAACUAUAAAUAGAAGAGGAGCUAUCAAACAGGCUAAAAUCCACUACAUCAAAAAUCAUGAGUUUAUUGCCACCUUUUUUGGACAGCCUACAUUUUGCUCUGUCUGUAAAGACUUUGUUUGGGGACUCAACAAGCAGGGAUACAAAUGUAGGCAAUGUAAUGCUGCUAUUCAUAAGAAAUGUAUAGAUAAAAUCAUUGGGAGAUGUACCGGUACCGCAGCCAACAGCAGAGACACAAUGUUUCAGAAGGAGCGCUUCAACAUUGACAUGCCUCAUCGAUUUAAAGUUAACAACUACAUGAGUCCCACCUUUUGUGAUCACUGUGGCAGCCUUCUCUGGGGAUUAGUUAAACAAGGCCUAAAGUGUGAAGAAUGCUGGAUGAAUGUGCACCACAAAUGUCAAAAGAAGGUAGCAAACCUCUGUGGAAUCAACCAGAAACUCUUAGCUGAAGCUUUAAAUCAAGUUAGCCAGAAAUCUACUAGAAGAUCUGAUUCUGGACCUGCAGAAAAUGUUGGUAUUUACCAGGAUUUUGAUAAGAAACCCAAAGCUUUGGGUGGAGACACAACAGCAGAUAACAGCGAGUAUGAUAAGCUCUGGGAGGGAAGCACACCAAAAACAACUGUGCGACUUACCAGCAGGAGAAAAUUCAACGUAGACAGUUUUGCCUUCCAAAAAGUGCUAGGGAAAGGAAGCUUCGGAAAGGUUCUGCUUGCUGAACUGAAAGGCAAGAAUGAAUUCUUUGCUAUUAAAGCUCUUAAGAAGGAUGUGGUACUAAUUGAUGAUGAUGUGGAAUGUACCAUGGUUGAAAAGCGAGUCUUAGCACUUGCAUGGGAGAAUCCAUUUCUUACACACCUAUAUUGCACAUUUCAGACUAAGGAUCAUCUGUUCUUUGUUAUGGAAUUUUUGAAUGGGGGAGAUCUGAUGUUCCAUAUACAGGACAAGGGGCGCUUUGAUCUCUUCAGAGCAACAUUUUAUGGAGCUGAAAUAUUAUGUGGCUUACAGUUCCUUCACAGCAAAGGCAUUAUUUAUAGAGACCUGAAACUGGACAAUGUGAUGCUUGACAAAGAAGGCCAUAUCAAAAUAGCUGACUUUGGGAUGUGCAAAGAGAAUGUCUUUGGAGAGAAUAAGGCCAGCACUUUUUGUGGUACCCCAGACUACAUUGCUCCUGAGAUUCUACAAGGCCUAAAGUACACAUUUUCUGUGGAUUGGUGGUCAUUUGGAGUCUUGCUGUAUGAGAUGCUAAUUGGACAGUCUCCGUUCCAUGGUGAUGAUGAGGAUGAGUUGUUUGAGUCAAUCCGAGUGGAUACACCUCAUUAUCCACGUUGGAUUACCAAGGAAUCAAAGGACAUCCUAGAAAAGCUCUUUGAAAGGGAUCCAACAAGGAGAUUAGGAGUUACUGGGCACAUCAGAGACCACUCUUUCUUCAAAACAAUCAACUGGACAGCACUAGAGAAGAGAGAGGUAGAGCCCCCUUUCAAACCAAAAGUGAAAUCAGCAAGUGACUACAACAACUUUGACCGAGAGUUUCUGAGUGAGAAGCCACGAUUAUCUUACAGUGACAAAAACUUAAUAGAGUCCAUGGAUCAAUCUGCAUUUGCUGGAUUCUCUUUCAUUAAUCCUAAAUUUGAUCAAAUCUUGGAGAAGUAGUUUCUGAACACCAAGUGGACCUGCCUCUGGAUUAAAUACUGUCAACAGGAGAUUUCAAGUUAAAUGGUAUCCCAUAAUGUCUAUACCUUUUCUUCAGAGUAUUAUGUAGUUGCGUGUCUAAAUUAUUUCUUGCUGCUGAUUAACUGGUAGUGCUGUUUUGCAUGGUUGGGUUAAAGGUAUUGGUGAAUUGUGUGACCAUUAUUUUCUCUAAUUAAGAAAAUGUAAAUUGGUUACUUGAAUGUAGUUAUCUAUUCAGUAGCCAUCUAUAUAUAUAUAUACUGUAUAUUUUGCUCAAGAGACAAGACACUGAGGAACAGAAGAGGUCUUUAGAAAUGAUUGAGCCCUUUGUUCUCUUGUCUUCAAUAAAAAUAAUUUAAAAUUAUAGUAAA